AUGCAGGCAUCAAGCUGCUUUAACUUGGGCUGUGGAAAAAUAGCAAAGUUUAAGUGUAAAUGCACAUCAAAAGGAUCAUUCAUGUGCGAAGACCAUAAAAAUCAGCACUUAGCUUCCCUUUUAGCUCACAAUAUCGAGAAAAAUUGUGAAGCAAAAGAAGAAGAAUUUUUGUCUUAUUUAAUAAACGAAGGAAAUCAACUAGAGCAGCUCUUGCAAAAAUCAAUAAAAAGUUUAGAAAUUCUGUCCCCAAGCACAAACAAGUUUAUACUUCGAGAGCUGAAAUAUUGUAAACGCCUAGAAAAAGAAAUAAACCAAAAUGCAAAAGACAAUAAUCUUUUUAUAUUUAUGACAUACAAGAAUCAAAUGCUAAAACAAAAUCUUAGUUUUGUUUCUAAAAUUUCAAGUGUAAAGCUAAGCGAUUUGCCAAGAGAUAAUUUUAUAACGCUAUUGCUGAAAAUAGAUAAUAAAGACUUCGAUAUCAAUACUAUUUUAGGCACUGAGAAGGCUAGUAAGUCUUUAGCUUCUACUAUCCUAAUAUUAAAAAGUGCAGCAAGAGGAUACCUCGCAAGAAAAAAGUGAAAGCAGCAAAAAGCUAGCCAGCUUGCAUUUAAUCUUGAUUUUGAUUUAGCCACCUAUUAUCAAGAUAAUUUAACAAUUCCUCGAGUUUCUUUCAAAAAUCCAGCCACAAUCCAUAAUGUGCCAGCAAGUAGUACUGGAAAUGCAAUUAAAUUGCAAAGCGUGGCAAGGGGAUAUUUAGCAAGACAAUUACUAAAACAACGGGAAAAAGCAGAAGAAUGAAAACAUUCAGAUUCAGUUUCUUUGGAAAAUAAAACCAUAAGCCAAGUUGCUUUGGUAAGUAACACUAUAAAUGCAAUAAAACUGCAGAGCAUUGCAAGGGGAUAUUUAGCAAGACAACGACAAAAAAAUAAAGAAAAUGGAGAGGAAUGUUUAAUUUCAGAUCCGAUUUCAGCUGUGUCGUCUACAAUUACUACCGAAAAUACUACAUUAAAUGAAACCAAAGAUCUACCAAAUAUAUUAUGUGAAACAAAGGAUCAAGCAAAUAAUCUACAAUCACAAUUAGGGGUGAAGUCUUUUUCAAACGAAAAAAGUAGCAAAUUAAGUUCUUCUUUGGUAGAGGAAAACUCUUAUACAGGGGAGAGGAAUGCUGAUGGCCAAAGGCAUGGCUUUGGCGUCCAGAUAUGGCCGAAUGGUUCAUCAUAUGUUGGAUACUGAAAAAAUGAUAAAAGGUUAAAUGGAAAACAUUCUGAUCAAAGCUUAACUGUCUAUGAUGGAGAAUGGGAAAAUGAUACAUACCAUGGUAAAGGAAAUCUCUUUAAGUUAAAGCCUAAUAGAAGUGAGGAGGAAUUUGAAACAAAAUAUGAAGGAUCGUUUUACUGUGGGCAAAUGCAAGGAUAUGGAAAAUACACUUGGGAAGAUGGAAGCUCUUAUGAAGGGGAAUUUUUGGGUAAUCAAAUGAAUGGGAACGGUGCUUUUAAGGAUCGCAAUGGAAUAAUAAUACUCAAGGGGAUGUGGAAAAAUGGGAUUUUAGUGAAGAAAUCUUAA